CCCUCCCUCCCAGCAGGUGAUGUGUAAAUCUGGAAGGACGUCCAGAGUGAAAAAGAUCUCUGCUGAUCACUGAACACCACCACAGGCGUGUUGAUCACUCAGCCGGACAGAUAUAGCAGCGUCCCAGACAGGAGCUGCAGAGUCCGAAGCGUUUCUGGAGACCAGCGCUGGUGGAAGAAACAUGGAGAUUACGGUUGAAAAUGAAAACAACAACUCUUCAGGAAACUUUGAGUUCAAGGCGGCUCAUCAGGCGUUCAGGGACCGCUGGAAGGCGACGGACGACACCAUGUGUCGCCACAGCAUGUCCUUCCACCUGCACCACAAACUCCAGAGCGACUUCUUCGCCAGCUACCUGUACCUGCUGGAGAAGAUUCCUCUGGUGAAGCUGUUUCCAGUCACCUGUGAGUUCAUCAAGGGAGAGAAGCAGUUCUACUACCGAGCGCAGAAGUUCUACGAAGACGUUCCGGCCUCCGAGGAGGGCAUGAUGGGAGACUUCGUUGAGAUUUCCAACGUUGAUCUGGAAAGCUCCCGUCAGUUUCUGAAGAGGUUUGUGGGGCCGGGUAAAGCCGGGACACACCGCGCUCUGGACUGUGGCUCCGGGAUCGGACGCGUCUCCAAGGGCGUCCUUCUUCCCGUGUUUGAGAAAGUAGAGAUGGCUGACAUGAUGGAGCACUUCCUCCUCCACGCGCACGAGGAGUAUCUGGGCGACGCCGCCGACCGCAUCGAGACCUACUACUGCUUCAACCUGCAGGAGUUCACGCCUCCCAGAAACAAGUACGAUGUCAUCUGGAUGCAGUGGGUGGCGUGCCACCUGACAGACAAAGACCUGCUGAACUUCCUGAUUCGCUGCAAGAAGAGCCUCCGCCCCAACGGCGUCCUCAUCAUCAAGGACAACAUGGCGCGGCAGGGCUGCAAGCUGGACCCCAUCGACAGCAGCAUCAGCCGCCACCUGGACAUCAUGAAGAUCAUCGUGUCCAAGGCCGGCCUGGAGAUCCUGGCGGUGGAGCGGCAGGAAGGAUUCCCAGAGGUCAUCAUGCCCGUCUGGAUGAUGGCCAUGAAGUGAACAGCCUCCUCUCAGAAACGUUUCAUUCGACACCAGAUGGGUUUUAAGGUGCUGGGAAGAACACGGAUCGUGGUUCUGGUUCUGUGUCCAUGCUGGUCCGGUUUGUCUGAGAGGUGAAGGUGAAUGUGGACCGUUCAUGUUAUCGUCAGGGCCGCCUGUAGCUGCAGUGAAGAGCUGCAUCAGAUGUAAAUAUUCUGUUUGAAUGGAAGAACUUGUUUUAUAUUUUUAUGGAUAAUGUUGCUCAUUAAAGACAUUUAAAGUUCUGUUGAAAAUUAAACUUUAUUCUCAUCCUCCAUCCUGUAACUGAGAAAAUUAUAAUAAUUUAUUAGAUACUGUCAAAUAAAGGGAUUUUAAUUUUGCUUCAAUCAGCUAGCUUCUUAACACUGAGCAAAUAAAAUUAUGAAUAAACUGUAUUUAUUAAAAAAUGAA